AUGUCAGUUGUCAAUAAUAAGAAUGAUGAAAUCACAUCAAUUCAUUCAGUUAAUAAUAAUAAUACCAACAACAACAGAAUAGAAGAUAAUAAUUCUUCAACUUCACCUUAUUUACAAGAUAAAUAUGAAUCAUCAUUAUCUUCACAAAUAUCACCACAACCACUGAAAGAAAAAUCAUCAUUUUGGAGUAGAUUUAGAUUCACAGUAGAUACAUCAGAUCAUCCACCACAAAUAUUAAAUUAUAAAUUAUAUUUAAGUAUAUUAAUAUUUGGUAUAUUAGGUGCUGGAAGAGGUAUUGAUGAAGGUACAAUAUCGGGAAAUAUUGCAUUACCUUCAUAUAUUGCAAAAUUUGGUUUAAAAGAUCCAACAAAGACAAAAGAUCAAUUAGCUAAUUUAAAAUCAAAUAUUACUUCAAUGGUUCAAUUAGGUUCAAUUGGUGGUACAAUUAUAGCAAUGAAAUCAGUUGAUUAUUUUGGUAGAAUUAGAGCAACUCAAAUUGUUUGUAUUAUAUGGUUAGUUGGUGCAUUAAUUCAAAUUACUUCAAAUUCUGUUGGUCAAUUAUAUGCUGGUAGAUUAAUUGAAGGUUUAGCUAUUGGACAAACAACAUCAAUUGGUCCUGUUUAUAUGUCUGAAGUUGCUCCAAGUCCAAUACGUGGUAUGGCUAAUUGUAUAUUUGCAGGUGCUGUAUAUUUAGGUAUAAUGUUGGGAUAUUUUAUAAAUUAUGGUUCUGCUUUACAUAUAUCAACCACCAACCAAGAUGGUUCAAUAAAUAAUUGGCAAUGGAGAGUUACCCUUUUAUUAAAAAUAAUUUUCAGUGUUAUGAUUUUUAUAUCAUCAUUUUUUUGUUGUAUUGAAAGUCCAAGAUGGUUAUUAAAAAUAAAUAAAUCAGAAUUAGCUAUAAAAAAAUUAUCAAAAUUAAGAAAUUUACCAAAUGAUCAUCCAUAUAUUAUUGCUGAAAUAAGUGAUAUAAAUGAACAAGUUAUGAAUGAAAAAGAAGCUACAAAAAAUUCUUCAAUUUUAAAUAAUUUUAAACAAAUUUUUACAAAUAAAAGUAUAUUAUAUAGAUUUUUAUGUAUUGGUGGUGCAACUCAAUUAUUAGGUCAAUGGUCUGGAGCAAAUGCUGUUACUAUAUAUGCUUCUGAAUUAUUUGCAUUAGUUGGUGUUGAAGGUAUUGGUAAAUUAAAAAUGUCUGCAGUUUUAGGAGUUGUUAAAUUUGUUUCAGCUUAUUUAUCUGCAUUUUUUGUUAUAGAUAUCUUGGGUAGAAAGAAAGCAUUAUAUAUUGGUAUAUCUGGUCAAUUAUGUUGUAUGUUAUAUUAUGCUAUAUUUUUAACUAUUGUUCCACAAGCUGCUGAUGAUGGUGCUGUUAUUACUGGAGCCGCAAAGAGGGCAAGUACAGGAGCAUUAGCAGCUAUAUUCUUAAGUGGUACUUUUUGGACAGUUGGUUUCAAUUCAAUUCAAUAUUUAAUUGGUGGUGAAAUUUUCCCAUUGGGAAUUAGAUCAUUUGCUCAAUCAUUAGUUAUGACAUUACAUUUUGCAAAUCAAUAUGGUAAUUCAAAAGCAUUACCAAAAAUGAUGAUUGCAAUGAAACCAUAUGGAGCUUUUUAUUUUUUUGUAGGAGUAUUAGCUAUAUCAUUAGUUUGGGGUUUCUUUUUACCUGAAUUAAAAGGUAGAUCAUUAGAAUCAAUUGAAGAAAUUUUCACAUUACCUUGGUAUAAUUUAAGAAGAUGUAAUAAAUUAAUUCCUGAUCAUUCACAAAUUCAUAAAAUUAAAUAUACAAAUUCAAGAAUUGGUAAUACAGGAUUUAAUCAUAUUCAAUAUGAUUUAGAAAAAAAUAAACCAAGUAUUGAAUUUGUUGAAGACAUUAUGAGACAGGAUACUAAACAACAAAAUAAUGAUCGUAGAAAUUCAAAUAAUGAUUAUGAUGAUGAUGAUAAAGAUGAUGAAAAGAAGAUUUAA